AUGUUCGUCAGGGCAACGUCGGGAAAACACAGUUUCCGCGGGCUCCUGUCAAACGACCCGACGAAAGAACAACCUGUGCACAGCCCGUCCCCGACGUGUCCGCCUCACAAAAUGACGCCGUCUCGCACGCUACAGGCGAUGGCUUCAUCGACUCUUAAUCCGUUACAGCGGUGGUGCCAUGGACGCCACCAUGGCCAUGAGGGCGAGGCUGCAGAUGUGGGCGCUGAUACUGCCAACGGGAGCAAGGACGCUGCGAAAGUGCCAGAGGCGGCGCAGGCCCCUUUGAUAAACGUUGAUAAGGACGAAGAGGACGAGGACGAAAGCCCGGCUGCUGCUGUGUCAUCGAAGAAGAAAGAAAUGAAGUGA